AUGCAUAAAGCCUUUCUCUCCUCGUUGCGCACCAAUCUCCAAAUCUCCUAUGAAGACACCAAUGCCGCCAGCUUUGCCGGGGCUCUGCACCCAGCCCUGGACAGCUUUGACCUGCAGAAGCCCCCAUACCUGAACGACCUGGCCUUUGCCUCGGGCUUUACUGAGGAUCUCGAAGACCCUCCCUCUCCAACCUCGACUUCGACUUCGACCAUCUCCUCCGCCCAGUCGUCCGCCCCCGCGACCUGGACAUACCAUGUCUCGACCAACGACGACCGGUCCGAGGCCCUCAACCUGAUUGCUGACAGUGUUGUAGAGCAACGCCUUGUCGCCAUACGCAGCAUCCUAUUGCACCCGGCAGUUCUCGGGGUGGCCCUUGUCGCAGCCCUAUUCCUGACACGCAGUGCGUAUUAUGAGCCCCGGGAAAACCGCCGGACAGUAGGAAUUAUUAGUGUCUUGAUUGUGAUGGUAGCGUGGAUCGCCCUCCAUUACACUACCAAAUCGUAUUUAUCAUGGGCAACGACGGUAGCAGAUCCGGCCUGGCUGCGGGACGGACUCUACCAGCGGAGUCCUCCGAGCAAUGGAUCUGCUGGCGGAUCCAAACAGCACCAUGGCCAUCACAGCUCCAUGCCUUCAGACGACGAGGUCCUGAUUACCAAGCACCACGGCAAGGUUGUCGGGGUCCUCGUCCUGCGGACUGCUCGCACGAAUGCCCUCUCGUCAGGCGCCCCCAGUGCCAACGGCAUGCGGGCUCUGCGGCACCGCCAUACCAACAGCUCGUCAUCGGGCCGCCUGACGGGGGUCAUUCGAGCGUGGGCAGUAGAUCCCUCCCACCGUCACCACGGGUUUGGCUCGACUCUGCUCGAGUCGGCCGUGUCAAUCUGCCGUCUACGCAGGCUCGACGGGCCCAUUUUCGCCGACGAGCACUUGUAUAGUGCACAUAUGCCGGGCUUGAAAAUGCUGCCCUGGCCGUUCAAUCGCGCUUUUGAGAAGAGCGAGGAACGAGCCAAGGAGUCAUUAAGAGUAGCAAUUGAAGGCAAAGAAAGAAAGAAAUAA